AUUGGCUGUUUCAGCAGCAUGGCGUUUGAAUGGGAGCAGGAAGACAGUUAGCCGACUAGCCAGAGGGGGUAACUUCAUAUUUUAAAUGUCUUAAAACCAUUUAACGACGCCAGUUGGAAGUACAUAUAUCUAGCUGUUGACGCGAACGUUCGUGCCAGAAUUUCAUUCAGGACGUAACAUUAAAAUAAACAUCUGUCCAAAGAGGCAGGAAUCAUUCUGAUGACGGGGCUGCUCCAGCUGUCAGGAUGCAGCAGAAGAGGAACAUCCAGAUCAUCGAGUGGGAGGACCUGGACAAGAGGAAGUUCUACUCUUUCGGGGUGUUCAUGACGAUGAGCAUCCGGGCCACGGUCUACCCGGCCACGCUGAUCCGGACCCGGCUGCAGGUCCAGAGGGGGAAGUCACUGUACGGCGGAACGUUUGACGCCUUCUUUAAGAUCCUGAGAGCAGAGGGAGUGAGAGGUCUGUACCGAGGCUUCAUGGUCAACACCUUCACCUUGAUCUCCGGCCAGGCCUACAUCACCACCUAUGAGCUGGUGAGGAAGUACGUCUCCCAGUACUCGGAGGACAACACGGUGAAGUCUCUGGUGGCGGGUGGCUCAGCGUCUCUGGUGGCUCAGAGCAUCACGGUUCCCAUCGACGUGGUUUCCCAGCAGCUGAUGAUGCAAGGCCAGGGCCAGCAUCUCAGCCGCUUCAGGCUCAGCUCUGACUCAGACUCUGGAAAGGCCAAAAAGAAGGUGUUCGGCCAAACCAGGAACAUUAUGGCUCAGAUCUUUGCUGCCGAUGGUUUCCGGGGCUUCUACCGGGGCUACGUGGCUUCGUUACUCACCUACAUCCCCAACAGCGCCGUCUGGUGGCCGUUCUACCACUUCUACGCCGAGCAGCUCUCCAAACUGGCUCCCAGUGACUGUCCUCACCUGGUCCUCCAGGCCAUGGCUGGACCUCUGGCUGCUGCUACAGCGUCCACCGUGACCAACCCCAUGGACGUGGUCCGAGCCAGAGUCCAGGUUGAAGGUCGGUCGUCGGUCGUGGAGACGUUCCAGCAGCUGAUCAGAGAGGAGGGAUUCUGGGGUUUGACCAAAGGACUGUCGGCUCGAAUCAUCUCCUCCACGCCCACCGCCAUCGUCAUGGUGGUCGGAUACGAGACGCUGAAGAAACUCAGUCUGAGACCAGAGCUGGUGGACUCCAGGCACUGGUAGGAGAACCUGAGAGCAUCAGGACCAUCUGUAGUCCUGGUCUGAAUGAGACACUGGAGGAGAGAAGGUUUGUUUUUAGCGACUGCCUGGGAACAAAGAAGACCUUUAAAUACGUCUAAAUCUGUAUUUUAACUCGGAACAAACCUGCUCAUGAGGAUCAGUCUUCAGGUUCAGAGUUGAUCUGCUGCUGCUGUUUAGUUGGAGUGCUGAAAGCUACGCUGUGGCAGAUGCAGACCAGCGGACGGGAUUUAAAAUCUAUUCAGUCUUCAGUGGAAUAAUCACUGGCAGAAGCACGAGGUUCCCGAAGGAAGCUGUGAUGUUCUCCUGAAGCUCAGAAGAGUUUAAUCAUGAGGCGAACACCUGAAGUCAGCUAAGUAGUGAACAGAUCUUAGUAUUUGCAGCUUCAUGUCCAUUCUGCUCUUCCUUCUGUUGGCCUUUUUUAUUUAAAGCUGCCUUCAUGGUGUAGAAAUCGAGGCAAACGUUUGUUCUUCAUUGCUGAACGUCAGUAGAAUCUAACAUGCAGUUUUAUGUUGAUUUAAAUCUGAACUUCUAAAUUCCAUGCAUCACAUUCUACAGCACCGUUAUUUAUUUGACAUGUGGUCUUCAGUCUGUGGUGAAUCUCUCAUGGAUCCAGCAGGUUGAUUAAAGUCUGGACUGGUUUGUUGGAGGAAGAUUUAAAUAUUUCAGACUGAAGGCAGCAAACUGAAGUAAAACCGACUCCCUGAUGGACACUGUGUGUUUGAGUGCAAUAGUGUAAAAGUUUUAUCCUUUCAGCACAAACUGUGAUUGUGUUUUCCUGUAAGUUGUGUGAAGAACAUGUCUUAAAGAUUUUAAAUAAUUUAUUUCUUUUUGCUUUUUGGGAUCACGACAACAAAAAGUGUCCAGACUUCAGAAUCUCACAUCGUCCCGUUUAUUUUUGUUUGUUGCUUUUAUGUGAAUGUUUUGUCGGCUCUUCACUGAACAUAAUCCGUCUACAAAUUAAAAAAAAAAAAGAGAUCACGUGUUUAGUGGUGAGAUGUGGCCGAUAGAAGUGUUUUUUAUAUGAUUUAUGCUUCACAUUAGCCAUUAAUUCUUCUGUUGUUGAUUCUUUUUACAGAAAGCAGAAAUAUUUCGGCUGGUUUUCGUUUAAAUUGUUUAAGUUCCUGAAUCUGAAAGUCAGAUGAAGCUGCUCAUGCUUUCUGAUCUUUGAACUCUAAAACCUGCAAACUGAAUCCUGAAUCUUCUUUUCACAGCUUUUAAUGUCUCUGAAAGUGUGAUAUUUUGUCAGUGAUCAGUUUUCUGUCGACCAGAACUCCUCCGUUAAAUCCCUGUGGUUCAAUAAAACAUCACAGCUGCUGAACAAA